UGCUCCCUCUAGGAGUCAAAAUGGCGGCGAGGGAAACCAGGAGCAGUCCCGGAGCCUGAGCCACUGACAGGAGCGGAGAGGGCAGCAGCGGCGGCGGCAGCGGCAGGAGGAGGAGGAUGGCUGGGGGUGCUGGCGCCGGUGCGGACGGCGGUGCUGGUGGUGGCGGCGGCGGGGGCGACGGCCGCGGUCCCAGCGGCGGCAGCAGCAGCAGCAGCAGCGGCGGGAGGAGCCUCCGGGAAAUGGAUGAAAAGAGGCUGUUGGAUCCAGGGUUGAAAGUUCGUAAAGGCCUCUGGGAUUAUACUCUGAAGAAUCAGCAGAUGGAAUGCCUGAGUGACUGAAGAAAAUGGGUGCUAAUGCAUCUAACUAUCCUCAUUCAUGUUCCCCGAGGGUAGGGGGAAAUUCCCAAGCCCAGCAGACUUUUAUAGGGACGUCAUCCUAUUCUCAGCAAGGCUAUGGUUGUGAAUCAAAAUUAUAUAGUCUUGACCAUGGCCAUGAGAAACCACAAGACAAAAAAAAGAGAACCUCUGGCCUUGCCACCCUGAAAAAGAAGUUUAUUAAGCGUCGAAAAUCGAAUAGGUCUGCUGAUCACGCCAAGCAGAUGCGAGAGCUCCUCUCCGGGUGGGAUGUCAGAGAUGUGAACGCGCUCGUGGAGGAAUAUGAGGGGACUUCGGCCUUAAAGGAGCUUUCGCUACAAGCCAGUUUGGCUCGGCCCGAAGCCCGGACCCUGCAGAAAGAUAUGGCCGAUCUUUAUGAGUACAAGUAUUGUACUGAUGUAGACUUAAUAUUUCAAGAAACUUGUUUUCCUGUUCAUCGUGCCAUUUUGGCGGCAAGGUGUCCUUUUUUUAAAACACUACUUUCUUCCUCACCCGAGUAUGGGGCAGAGAUCGUAAUGGACAUCAAUACAGCCGGUAUAGAUAUGCCCAUGUUUUCUGCUUUGUUACACUACCUUUAUACAGGAGAGUUUGGGAUGGAGGACUCAAGGUUUCAAAACGUCGAUAUCCUCGUUCAGCUUAGUGAAGAAUUUGGAACACCGAAUUCCCUUGAUGUAGAUAUGCGUGGACUUUUUGAUUACAUGUGUUAUUAUGAUGUCGUCCUUAGUUUCUCUUCAGACUCUGAACUGGUGGAAGCUUUUGGUGGAAAUCAGAACUGUUUAGAUGAAGAGCUCAAAGCUCACAAGGCUAUUAUUUCAGCACGGUCCCCAUUUUUUCGAAAUUUAUUGCAAAGGAGGAUACGGACUGGUGAAGAAAUCACGGACCGAACUUUGAGGACUCCCACAAGAAUUAUAUUAGAUGAGUCCAUUAUACCAAAAAAAUAUGCAAAAGUUAUAUUACACUGUAUGUAUACCGACGUGGUGGACCUCUCCGUUUUGCACUGUAGCCCCUCUGUGGGGAGUCUCAGUGAAGUUCAGGCUCUCGUCGCAGGGAAACCAAACAUGACCAGGGCAGAAGAAGCCAUGGAACUUUACCACAUAGCAUUGUUCUUGGAAUUUAACAUGCUUGCACAAGGCUGUGAGGAUAUCAUUGCUGAGAGCAUCUCAUUAGAUACCUUAAUUGCCAUCCUCAAGUGGAGCUCUCAUCCGUAUGGCUCUAAAUGGGUGCACCGACAAGCUUUACAUUUCCUCUGUGAGGAAUUUUCCCAGGUCAUGACUUCGGAUGUUUUUUAUGAACUCAGCAAAGACCAUCUGCUUACUGCUAUCCAGUCUGACUACCUACAGGCAAGUGAACAAGAUAUCCUUAAAUAUCUGAUUAAAUGGGGUGAGCAUCAGUUGAUGAAAAGAAUAGCAGACCGAGAGCCAAACUUGCUGAGUGGCACUGCUCAUAGUGUGAACAAAAGAGGUGUGAAAAGACGAGACCUGGACAUUGAAGAGCUUCGAGAGAUCCUUUCUUCUCUCUUACCUUUUGUGCGAAUUGACCAUAUCUUACCUAUAAACAGUGAAAUCCUAAGUGACGCAAUGAAAAGAGGCUUGAUUAGUACUCCUCCAUCAGAUAUGCUUCCUACAUCGGAAGGUGGAAAGUCAAACGCCUGGUUACGGCAAAAAAAUGCUGGAAUAUAUGUUCGUCCUCGACUGUUCUCUCCCUAUGUGGAGGAAGCAAAGUCAGUACUAGAUGAGAUGAUGGUGGAACAAACAGAUCUGGUGCGUUUGCGAAUGGUUAGAAUGUCCAACGUGCCAGACACACUUUACAUGGUCAGUAAUGCCGUACCGCAGUGCUGUCACAUGAUCAGCCAUCAGCAGAUCAGCAGUAACCAGUCAAGCCCUCCUUCGGUGGUGGCCAAUGAAAUACCGGUUCCUCGGCUCCUCAUUUUGAAAGACAUGGUCAGACGUCUGCAGGAGCUCCGACACACUGAGCAGGUGCAGAGGGCCUAUGCGCUUAACUGUGGGGAAGGCGCCACAGUCAGCUAUGAAAUUCAGAUUCGGGUGCUGAGAGAGUUUGGUCUCGCAGAUGCUGCUGCAGAGCUCUUGCAGAAUCCUCACAAGUUCUUUCCUGAUGAACGUUUUGGGGAUGAAAGUCCGCUCUUGACAAUGAGACAGUCUGGGAGAUGUCGGGUUAACAGCACCCCCACUGCAGAAACCAUGUUUACAGAUCUGGACUCCUUUGUGGCCUUCCACCCUCCCCUGCCCCCUCCACCACCCCCGUACCACCCCCCAGCUACCCCUAUCCACAAUCAACUCAAAGCCGGCUGGAAACAAAGACCGCCCACUCAGCAUCCUUCACGUUCGUUUUCUUAUCCCUGUAAUCAUUCGCUGUUUCACUCCAGAACGGCUCCUAAAGCCGGCCCCCCUCCAGUCUAUUUGCCGGGCGUUAAAGCAGGAGCACCUGAUUGUACCAACACCACAGGACUGGGGAGACAGACGGUGGCCGCCGCCGCCGCCGCCGCCUCGGCUACAAUAGCAUCUGAGAAACAAGUGUGUACACAGCCUGUGCUAAAUGACCUAAUGCCAGAUAUCGCCAUGGGUGUGUCCACACUGUCACUCAAGGACAGGCGGCUUCCAGAACUCGCUGCAGACACAGAAUUAAGCCAAUCAGUGUCUGAAGGAGGGCCAGGGCCUCCCCAGCAUCUGUCGUGUAUUCCACAGAGGCACACACACACGUCUCGGAAGAAACACACACUAGAACAGAAAACAGAUGCCCGAGAAAAUCAGCAGGAAUACCCAGGCUUCUACGACUUCUCAAACGCUGCCUGCAGACCCUCUACUCCUGCCCCUGGCAGACGCACCCCUUCCCCUUCGCAAGGCGGAUUUUUUGGUCCCGAUUUGUAUAGCCACAAUAAGGCAUCACCGAGUGGCUUAAAGUCAGCCUACCUGCCUAGCCAGACGUCUCCUAAAAAGCAGGAAGAAGCUAGGAAAGAAUAUCCACUUUCCCCUGACGGGCAGCCGCACAGACAGAAGAACGAGCCGAUACAGCUGGAUGUCGUUGAGCAGCCUCCCCAGCGGUCAGAAUGCCCUCUGGCAGCCCCAGAAAAUCCUGGCACUGGUCCGGCCCACAUCAGGGGACGGACAGCAGUAGAAACUGACUUGACUUUUGGGCUGAUUCCUAACAGACCUUCACAUUCUGCAUGUAGCUCAGAAGCUCCAGAAGAGAGAUCCAAUAGAAGACUAGCAGACAGCGAGUCCCUGGGCCCCGGAGCUCAGCGAAAUACGGAUUUGGAAAGGGAAGAUUCGAUAAGCAGAGGAAGGAGGUCACCUAGCAAACCAGACUUCCUCUACAAAAAGUCUGCUCUCUGAGCUCAGCCUCCAAGUCUUCUGUGCCUGAGAUGUGAAACAUCCCAUUUUUGAUGUAACCCAACAACUUAGAAACCAGUUGAUUGAUGCCAGCUGAUAACUCAGUUUCACAUGGUUUUAUUCUGGUUUUGUAUAUACACAUUUAUUAGACGUGGCAUGCUAAGAGGGUUAUUUUGAAUGCUGCAUCUGUCUGUUUUGUGUUUGAACAGUUCUGUGCGGAAGCAUUUUUAAGAACAAGCAAGCUGGCACUUUUUUUUCUCCUUACAAAUGAUGGAUUUUUUUUGCACUUGUACAUUUAUUUUAUCUAUUGAUUUUAUAUCAGUAUGUUAAACUUUAUUGCCACAUUUAAAGGACUGUAUUUUCAUACUUUUUGCAUUUUACCGUUCAUCUACCAAUUUCCAUGUGCAUUGGAUUGCACAUUAAGAUGUAUUUUCUUAUGAUAUAGUUCUGUGUUUAUUUUUUAAUUAUAGAAAUUCCAAAGAACAGCACAUCAAAAUGCUCCUCUCUUUUCAAUAAUUGUUUUGGUUCAGAAAUCUUCCUGCUCAAUCUCUAUAAGUCUGUUGUCAUUCUUUUUUAAUAAGUCUUGGGAGCUGGUCUUCAUUCCUCCAGCGGAGUCCAAUCAGGAUCCUGAAGUUUGCUGGUUCAGUAAAGAACAGGAAGGAGAAAAGCCUUUUGUGCCCAGGCUGACAACUGUUGCUGUCUUCACAGAGUGGACGCUCUCAGAAUCACCGCAAAUUCUGGUGGUGUGGGUUAGAGGAAAAGAGAUGAGCUUCUAAAGAGAUCGGAUUUCUUGCAAUCAUAGCCGGGGACAUCAGGAAGGAACUUAGAGGCAGCACUCUGGGUCUCCUGGUUCUGAGCGUUGACUCCCGCUGAGAUGGGGAGAGGACUGCUGCUGCCUUCAGUUGUCUUGCUCUCUGUGGGGAAAAAACAAAAACAAAAAAACAAAAGGGCUUCAGUCUUACGGAUGUCAUUUGGUGUUUGUAAGCGUGUUUUCUUUUAAAUGUUUUUUAAAGUGUGUCUGAAUUUCGGUGUCCUAUAAAGUCGUUGUAUAAUGCAUAAUGCUUUGUCACCAAAAAAGAGAAACCAUUCUUUUUCAGUGAAACACUACAUGUCCUACUUGAACUCCACUGGGAACGCUGGUUUGGGAUUUUACUGAACCACUGAGCACAUGGGAUUUUUUAAGAUCCUCUCCCUUGGAAGGGCAAUGUGUGAGCUAAGGACUGUUUUUUUCUUACUCUGCAAUGUAAAUAUAUUAGUAUUUGAGUUUUUAAAUCACUUCAACAUUAUUUGAGCAUUCACUUUGUAUUUUUACAGACACAUACACACAGCCGUAGCACUUAGAAGAAAAGAGACUUUCUGCAUCUUCCCUCAUGUGAAGGAUGCUUGGGGAGCCUCUCUUCCAUGUAUGUAUGUAUAUAUAAAACUGAGUCACUCACACUCUAAAGCUAUGCAGGGCUAGGGAGCCUUUACAAGCUACCAUAGAAAUGAAUUACAUGCACUUUUCAGUCUAUAGGUUUCUAUUGGGUGUCCACAACUCUGAUUUCUCCCGAAAUUGUAGUUUCUCUUACAGUCUUUUCCUACUUUACCCUGUGGAUAUACACUCAGGAAUAAUCUGACAUUUUAAAAACUCCUAGCAGUAGAUAGUCUCGAUCGUCUCCAAGGGGGGACCCACGUCAGUGUAUCUGCACAUGGGCACGCGCUGCCGCUGGUUCUGCUGCCAGACGAGUCCGCGCUGCGGAGGCUGCGCACGCAGCUCCCGGUCUCCCAGAGCUCACUGAUCUGCUGUAAGGUCGGCGCCGCAUCGCCUCCCAGGCUCCCUUUUUUAAAAAUAGAAACACGUAAGACUCCGUUCUCAUUUUUAGGAGGUUUGACUCUUUAUAAUAGCUGGUGGUGUCUUUUGAAGCCAAUCUCAGUCUCUCAGAAGCAAAAACUGUUAAUUCCAUCAGAUUCCUUAAUGUGUGUUUAUACCUGUUGACAUGAAUUAUUUUGAUACAGUUUUAAAUUUCUAUUCUGAAUUCAGACUGUAAUGUGCUGGUACUGCAAAUAAGAGUGCGUAGAGAUAAUUUGGGUGGAGCGGGAACUUUCUCAUCUCUGACCUGUUUUGUUUUUUACAAACGUUAGACAAGAGCUAUUGAUGCCACACAUUCAUUUUUUCUGAAAAUUUCCUAAAUAUUCUUUCAUGACCCCAAAGUGUAAGUAUAAAAAUAAGUGGCCACUGUUCAUAGUUUUAUUUAAUUUGUGAAGUUUGCUUUGAAUUAUUUAGUAGCUUACCUGGCUAAACUGUGUGUAUAGAGAGAAACUUGCUUUAACCUAUGGGACUGUGGACCCAUGUGACUUUCAGAAGGUAAACAUGUGGCUUUUGUGUGUGUUAAGGUAGGUGUUAGCGGACUUUCAAUGUGUCUUGUGAAGUAUGGUUAAUAGGGUAGGUUGAAUAGCUCUGUGCCUCUGGCUUUUGAACCCAUCUAUUCAAUCGUUUUCAAUGCUUACUGAGCAUUAAAAUCUUUUAAUGAUGUUCUAAGAUCUAUGUGAAGUCUGAGUAAGAUUGCUCUCAGAAAAAACAAAUGUAUGAUAUACAAUUUAGGCCACAGGACCUGACAUUUCACUUGGUUUAGAAAUUCCAUGAGAACCACAUCUCAGAAUGCCAGCUCGUGUCUCGGGCCCCCAGACAAUCAGGCCGUCAGACAAUCGCCACCUUUGGUGCCCGCCUUGUUGAGGUUAGAGAACUAACUACCUUUUAGGUCCUGAAUCAGAAAGAGAAGGUCCACGUUUCCUCAAGAUGCUGGUUUUCUUAUAGUUUUCUUUUACUUUUGUGAUUUUGAUCAAUCAUUUAAGUUCCAAGUUACCUGUGACUCCUAAGGGAAAAAGGUAGCAGCACGCAAAGGCAAAAAUUCCUGAAAAAUGCUUUGAAUUUCCCACAUACCACACCCUUUCUCACAUGCCCCUUUAGCUUUUCUAGCACGUGCCCCUAGACCUAAGCCCGCCCGACGUUUUGAUAACCAAUUAGAUUUUAAGGAUUUUUAAUGACUUCCUUUUGUUUGAGUCUUUUUGUAGAACUCACUGAAACUUCACCGAAUUCUUGUUUUUGCUUCCUCAAAAACUUGAUUACAAUUGCUAUCCUUUAUUGGGUUUUCUUUUGAGUAGUUGUUCAAGUUUUAGCAAUGGGCAAUACUUGUUUGUUUGAAUUGAGAGGAACAGCAUAUGCGGCGACAGCGGUGGGGUUCAAAGCUGACCUCAAGGUGAAGGAUUAACAUUUCUUAGUAACUACUCAGCAAAGUAUUUGUUUUCAUAAUGUUCAAUCCACCUUUUAGGAGAAAACGUGUUUCGUGAAACACUUGUAAGAUACUUGUUUUGCAAUUCUAAGGCAUUCAUGUUUUUAUCUUAGGACUGAACUCAAAGGGAAAUGUUUAUUAGACUUUUAGAAAACUAUUUAGUUGACUUUCAACUUUCUGUUGAAAGUUACUAUUAAAGCAGCAGUGAUGGGUGCUAUUCCCUGUUCUGCAAUGGUUUACUUCGUCUACUAAGUAAUUACUUUGAAACCUCAUUACAGACAACCUUACUAAAAGAGUUACCAUCACACGCUAAAAGGUAUUUUACUAUUUUCCAUUAACACUGUUGUAUGAACAAUGUUUUAUGAAUGUUCAGUUGUCUUUUUGUCUGAUAAAUUGCAAUAGCUGUUAUGUAAUUGUUGUAUUAAGUCUUGAUUUUUUUCCUCUAUAAAAUCCUCAGACUGUGUGUCAGUCUUCCAUAUUCUGAAUAUUAUAAUUCUGUGGCUGUUUCUAUAGAAAGAUGACUGGCAAGUGUGUGUCUUGAAAAUAACCUCUGGUGUUUGUGUGUUUACGUGGGUUCUGUCUAAGAGACAAGAUGAGCUCUGGAAGCUUCGGGUACCUGCUCGAGACUGUAUCUGGGUUCCUUGGGCAGGUGGUCUGGAAUCCUGCUCUUAGACGGGGCGGCUGAAAGGUUCCUGAACGCCACACGCUGUGGGCCUACAGCACUGCGUUUCUUGUGGUUGUGCUGUUAAACUGGUCUAAAGUCAAGUGCCUUCAGUGCUAAAGGCUCAGAAAUUUUUCUUAAACUGAUUCCAUGUCCUAUGCAAGUGUUUUCUAUAACCUGCAUAACCAGUACUUUGUAAAACUUGUUUACGCUUCAAUUGUACAUAAUGUUUUUUAAAGAAAUAUAUAGUAUUUUUAUUUAGGUACCUCCAAACUUGAAUUGGUCUGUGUGAAGCAUUAUAAAACGAUACAUUUCUCUUUUGAGUAUCAUUACAGUUGUACAAAGGUUUUCACUGGUUCUAUUUUUCUACUGUUACCGAUAAGCAUGUAACACUGACUCUCCUACAUAUAGUUGGCAUUUCAAAUAAAUGGCUUGUCUAGAA